AUGUCACUUGUAACUGUGACUUCUCCAGACAACCCUGAGAAGUUCCUUCUGAUGGGACAGAGUGUGGGAGACUUACUUAAAAGUGCUAUUGAGGCCUUCAAUUUGCCUGCAAGUGAAACUUAUGAGAUACGCCGUGAAUCUGAUGGUGUCAAAAUCAUCUCUGAUGAUGUACUUCGAUUCCUUUCUGGAGCUACAGAGAAGGAUGGAAAUUUGACGGUUGUGAUCUCACCGGUAACCAAUCCUAACUUAAAUCCGGUAACCACUCCCAAUUUGAAUGGAGGUGUUCCGGUAACUUCUCCUCCUCGCAUUCCUUUGUGUCCGAACCGGCCUAAUGUUGUUCGUCCUCCUUUGCCUAUGAGGAACAUAGUGGACAGUCUAAAUCCUAUUCUGGAUAUUGCUUUACACCCUGAGCUACACAACAUUACCCCUGGCCGGUUCCUGAAGCAAAAGAAAGCGGCUGUGAAGGAGACUUACCAGGAAGUGGUGAAGUUCAUCAAGGCGAAGGUGAAGUGCUACUCUCACGCAACAGCUAAGCAUUAUGCCCAAUUGGUCCUUGGAUAUGAUGGUGGCAAAUUUAGCAAACUUUUUGAAGUUAAGGUGGGCUCGUCAGUUAAGAGCGGCCUGGGACCUUUCACGCUGCAAGUAUACAACCAUUUAAAUUAUCGGAAAGAUGACACUGAGAAGAGGCCUCGUGGUGCAAGGAGGCGUCUUGAAUUAGGUGAUGAUGACAAUGAAGAUGAUCCGCAAAUCCCAGCUGACAUGUCAUCUGCUGCCUAUGGUUGUGUCCGUUAUGAAGAACCCUUACCCAUUGAAGAAACUGAAGAGUCUCAAGAACAGAAGAGACUUGAUCUUCUUUCAGUGGAGCCUGAUUGCGCUGAGGCUGAAGUGCUGAUGGAAAAGACUUACGUGUCUCAGAGAAUCUCCAUCAAUCGUGCAGUGCCCCUCAAGAAAAGACUCCCUGAAGUUUUCCGUCAGUGGCCACUUCUCAGGCACCGCAAACAUUUGUGCCAACAUGCCAGCCGACUACUUGGCAAGGAUGUUCAGACUGUGUGGUCUUCUGCUUUGGGUGAGAAGUGUGGCCGCUUCAGUGAUUUCAUGCUGACUCAUUGGACAACGGAAGACAAAAGAAAGAGUUCAACUUUAUCCCGGAAAAUGUUGGACCUUCUUCAAGAAAAGGAGGCUGCUUCUGUUAGCCUGAGUCUGCAGUCCAAUUGUCUGGCUAUGUUUCCUCUAUUGACUGGAUUUUUGAAGGACCAAGAGGGGCUUCUCUUCAAACUUGUACCUGCAGCAACAUCAGAUGAUGACGUACUAGGCCAAAUCAACAGUGAUAACCCACUCCUUGUGAUAAGAGGCCAAUCAUUGUUUGAUGUCAACGCAACAGCUGAUCUCUUCAUCACACGUAUAUGUAUCCCACCAGACAACCCACUGGAUGGAUUCCUUCUUCUAAUUCUUGCCUAUUUCGCCUUUCCCUCGAUCCCUGACUCGCCCCCCCUAACCCUCACCCACCACCCAGAGACAAAACACUAUUUUGUAUUCGGAUUCAAGUACCCUUCAAAGGUUGCAAGCAGUUUAGAGUUUAUUCAAAGGCAACUACUUGACAUAAAUCCUGAAAGAGGGAGUAAGAGAGACGGAAGAAACAAGACUGGAAUGGCAGCCAAAGUGAGGACACUGACUGAGCAGCUGACUUAUCAUUGCAGCACAUGGAGUGUUUGUAGGUUCUAGGUUCAUUUCUAGCUCAUUCUUCUGUUAUAUGUAUAGCUCAAUAUUUUUUUUGUUGUUCAGUCAUAGCU